CUCACCACCGUCGGUUUCACUUUUUUUAUUUUUUCAAACCAAACAAUCUCUGCUAAUUUCGACUACUUUGAGGAUAACCAAACUUCUCCUUUACUUUCUCUUCCUUACUCUAAACAACACAACCACAAUCAUUUUACAUUUCAUGCAUACUUCUUUCUUUCUUCAUCUAUAAAUAGAUUAGUUUCCCUAAUUAUUAUUUCUACAUAGUCCUAAACUAACUCAAAAUAAUUCUCUUGAUACUAUUUUUUUCGGUGAAGUUAAUUUUCUUUGCAACUACUAAUUCAUUAUUAAAGUUAAAGUCUUUUUGAAGUUAUUCUUAUUCUUCUCACUACCCAGAUAGAGAUCUAGACAUUUCAACCAUUUGGGUUGUGAAAAAGAAACAAACUCGUUUCUGGGUCUGGGUUUUUUUCAGUGUGUGUGAGGUUUAAUAAUUUUCAUUGAGCUUUACUAAAUUAGUGACCCUUUGAGCUAAAAACCAAAAGGGUACUUCAAAUUUGUUGAAUUUCGUCUUUAAAUGAUGUUUGCAGGAAAUGGGUUGUUUUAUCCCCUUCUGGGUUUUGCAUCUUUUGUGGUUUUUAUUUAUAUGUCUUUUGGUGGGUUAAGGUUUAGUUUUGAUGAAGGGAAGGAGAUGGGUUUUGUGACGAGAAAUGGGACGCAGUUUAUGUUGGAUGGAAAAGCUUUUUAUGUAAAUGGGUGGAAUUCUUAUUGGUUGAUGGACCAUUCUGUGGAUUUUUCAUCGAGAUUUAAGGUUCGUGAAAUGUUGAAAACUGGUGCUAAAAUGGGACUCACUGUUUGUAGAACUUGGGCAUUCAAUGAUGGUCAUUAUAAUGCACUUCAAAUUUCACCUGGUCACUUUGAUGAACAAGUUUUCCAGGCUUUGGAUCAUGUCAUAGCAGAAGCAAGGCAACAUGGAAUUAGGCUGCUCCUUAGCUUAGUAAAUAAUUUGCAACCAUAUGGUGGGAAGAGUCAGUAUGUCAAAUGGGCGUGGCAAGAAGGGGUAGGAUUAAGCGCUUCCAAUGAUUCUUUCUUCUUUGAUCCAUCAAUCCAUAGUUAUUUCAAGAAUUACAUCAAGACUGUGUUGACAAGGAAAAAUACAAUCACCGGAAUUGAAUAUAGAAAUGACCCCACCAUUUUCGGCUGGGAAUUGAUUAAUGAGCCUCGUUGCAUGUCUGAUCGUUCCGGUGACACUCUCCAAGAGUGGAUAGAAGAAAUGUCGAGUUUCGUCAAAUUGAUUGACAAGAACCAUCUUUUGACUGUGGGACUUGAAGGUUUUUAUGGUCCUAAUGACCCAAAAGAUUUGACUGUCAACCCAAAUUAUUGGGCAUCCAAACUUGGCUCUGAUUAUAUCCGGAACUCCGAAUUGGCUAAUAUUGAUUUCACCUCUGUUCAUAUCUACCCUGACCAAUGGUUUCAUGAGAAAGAAAUUGAAGCUCAACUGAAGUUUGUCUCCAAGUGGAUGCAUUCGCACAUUGAAGACGGUGACGAAGUAUUGAAGAAGCCAGUCUUGUUCUCUGAAUAUGGAUUAUCAAAAACAAAUCCAAACUUCAAAUUAUCCGACCGAGAAAAGAUGUAUGAAAUUAUUUUAGGCAUCAUUUACAAAUCUGCAAAGAAAAACCGGUCCGGAGCAGGUGCUCUAGUUUGGCAAUUCUUAGUCGGGGGAAUGGAAGAUUAUUCCGAUGAUUAUGGGAUCGUCCCGGGUGAAAACCCAUCAACCCUAUCACUAUUUAUUAAACAAUCAUGCAGAUUGGCCAAAUUAAAGGGAUAUACUCAACAGGAUGUAAGUUUCAAAGAACUUUGUUAGAAAAGAAAAAGUGGAAAACAAAGUUUGCUACAUUAUGGAAUACAAAUAUUGGUUUAAGUGACUAUACAGUGGGGUUUUGUACAAUAUCCUACUUUCAAUUCUUCAUGUCCAAGAGUGAUUAGUUGGGUGUAUAGGGUAGCAUGAAUUAGAGAUUUUUAUUAACAACAAAGUAUUGUUCAAAUCAUGUCAGAUACAAUAAAUAAUAUAUGUAAGGAAAAUGGGAAGCAAUAGUUUUUUAUGUAAUGAAGUUUAUUUACAUCACAAAAUCCUAUCAUCUACCCGAGUUGUGUGUUAAUAAUUACAAAUCAACACAAAUA